AUCUUUCGUUAUUCAUGACGAUCUCUGAUAUCAAGCCGUGUAAACAGGCGCAUGCUUCAUAUACAAUGAGUCCAACGUUGUCUCUCUCGGAAGUCCGCCGCCACCAAAGCCCCGGCGAUUGCUGGAUGGCAAUCCACGGCAAAGUCUACAACGUCACCGCAUUUCUCUCUAGUCACCCAGGCGGCAAAUCCAUUCUCUUGAGAAAUUCGGGCAGGGACGCAACUGCUGCCUUCGAUGCAGUACAUCCCAUUGAGGUCUUGGCGGAAUAUUUGAAGCCCAAUCAACUGAUUGGAAAUCUUGAGUCGAAUGUGGAGGACACAUCGCCACCCAAGGGUAAUUCUCUUCCGGAUGUGCCUGCAGAGUUGUUGCCAUCCCGGGGCAGAAUAGAGGAUGGACCUCCGGUAUCUCACAUUCUCAGCAUCUACGAAAUGGAACAAUACGCUCUGAAAAAGCUGAGUCCGAAAGCCGUCUCAUACUACGCCUCCGGAACCGAUGACGAGAUCACCAAGAUUGGAAACGGCGCGAUUUUCCGCUCCAUUCUUUUACGGCCGCGGGUCUUCGUCGACUGCACUCGAUGCUCUCUCUCCACCAAAAUUCUUGGUAACCCAGUCGGGAUGCCCAUCUAUGUCUCGCCCGCCGCCAUGGCCAAGUUGGCCCAUCCUGUAGGCGAGGCUGGCAUCGCCGCAGCGUGUUCGAAAUUCCAGGCGCUGCAGCUCAUCAGCAAAAACGCCUCCAUGUCUCCCUCGGCCAUUGUUCGGGCCGGACCCGACGCGACCUUUGCGUGGCAACUCUACGUGUUGAAAGACAUUGAGGCAACCGAACGGACGCUGGCGCAGAUCAGGGGAAUUCCUCAGAUCAAGUUCAUCGUCCUCACCCUCGACGCCCCUUUCCCCGGCAAAAGAGAGGCGGACGAACGAUUCAAGAUGGCCGAGGUCGCCGGGGGAGCACCGCCGCAGGCUUGGGGCACGGAAUCUGGUCUGACCUGGAAAAGGACUUUGGAGUGGCUCACCAAGCACACUUCGCUGCCCAUCGUCUUGAAGGGCAUCCAGACACACGAAGACGCCUUUGCGGCCACUCUAUUCCCCAGCGUCAGGGGCAUCAUCAUCUCCAACCACGGCGGCCGCGCUCUGGACACGACCAUGACGCCGAUUCAGGUGCUCUUGGAGAUCCGAAAGUUCUGUCCGCAGGUGCUGGACAAGGUGGAUGUUUUGAUCGAUGGCGGUAUCAGGCGAGGGACGGAUGUCGUCAAGGCGUUGGCUUUGGGGGCUAAGGGCGUAGGUAUUGGGAGAGCUGCGUUGUACAGUCUUGCUGUCGGUGGACAGGCAGGAGUCGAGAGGGCAUUGCAGAUUCUUGCCGAUGAGACGAUUACGGCGAUGAGAUUGCUUGGAGUCGAGCGAGUUGACCAGCUUGGGUUGAGACACAUCAACACUGAUAGUCUGCAGUCCCAGCUCUAUGGCGGGCCGCCAGGUCUUGAGGAAGUAGAUAGAGAGUUGAGGUCCAGACUAUAGACAAGUAGAGGGUAACACCAUCCCUGUCUCCUGAGAACCAAACUUGUUGGCGCAUUGCAAAUGAGAAGCAUC